AUACGUAUAUUUCGUGUCAAAGGUGAAAAUCGCAGGCAAAGAUGGAAGGGAACCGUGACGAGAGUGAAAAAUGUGUCAGAAUAGCCUUGAAAGCAGUGUCAGAUGGUGAUAAAGACAAGGCUCUGAAGUUCCUUCAUAAAGCCAAAAAAUUAUAUCCGACCAAGAAAGUUGAAGCGUUAUUAAUUCAGCUAGAGAAUUCCAACGAAAGCGAUAGCGAUUCAGCGUCACAGUCUACAAGUUCUUCAGAUAGAGGAGGGGACACACCCAAAGCUAGACAGAGGAGAAACUCACAAUCAAGGCAACAGACAUCGGCAGAAACCACAUCCAAUGGUGAUGCACAGAAAGAGUAUACGCCUGAACAAUUAGCAGCUGUAGUAAAAAUUAAGAAGUGUAAGGAUUUCUAUGAAAUCCUUGGUAUAGCCAAAGAUGCGGGAGAGUCAGAAAUCAAGAAAGCAUACAGGAAGUUAGCCCUGCAGUUCCAUCCAGAUAAGAACAAGGCACCUGGAUCAGCAGAAGCGUUUAAAGCCAUUGGUAAAGCCUUUAAUGUCUUAAGUGAUGCAGACAAGAGGAAAAAGUAUGACCUGUAUGGGGAUGAAUCUCAGCGAGAACGCCAGGUUCAACGCAAUCAUCACAGACAUCAUUACUACAAUAAUGGCUGGUACUAUGAAACAAGAGGAUUUGAUGAUGAUGAAGUCAGCCCUGAGGAUAUCUUUAAUAUGUUUUUCAAUGGCGGUUUCCCGUCAAGUCAUGUUCGUAGGAGACACAUGUACAGACAAGGAAGUCAUAGCCAUGAAAGGAGGGCCGGUGAGGCUAACUACACAUUCAUGGUCCAGGUGCUGCCUAUCUUGCUUUUAGUAUUUAUGUCAAUCUUCUCUAGUUUGUUUGUCAGUGAUCCUCUCUUCAGGUUAACACGGCAAGGGAAUUUCAAGGAAGAGAGAAGAACGCCUAAUGAUGUUAUAUAUUAUGUAAAGAAAGAUUUUGUGAAAGAGUACUCUGGCAAGAUACACUUAGUUGAGAGUCAAGUCGACGAUGAAUACCUACAGAACCUAAGAAGAACAUGUUAUGAUGAAAAAUAUAAGAAAGAGAGGAUUAUACAGCAAGCAAGAUACUUUGGAGACAGAAAAAUGUUUGAAUCAGGGAAGAAGAUGAAGACGCCCUCUUGUGACAAGUUCAAUACAAUGUACGACAAGAUAGCCGGUGGAUAAUGACACCUUACAAGCUUUGCACUAGUAUUUAAUUAUUUUUAUGUACUGAGUGAUAUAGGUAAUAUAAUUAUAAUUCAUUGAUAUUCCUCUCCUCUGUGGAUCUUUUAUUCUAGUUUGUUUGGGACCGGGGUGGGAGGGGGGUUGGUACACAUUGUAAGUGCGAUUUUCAUGGAAGACGCGAACAUUUUGUGAAAGACGCAAAUAUGAAAAAAAAAAUCCAAAUUUGGAGAAGUGUUUCCCAAAAUUUCUUGUGGCAGCUGAGUUCUCAACAAUUCUUGCGCAGUUUGUGCUAAAUUCGUGUGAAAUCAUAUGUGAAGUACAUGCAAACAAAAUACACAUUACAUGAAUGUUCCCAAAAUCGCUAAAUAUUUGUGAUAUUUGUGGAUUGCAUGAGACAUUCGCAAACUAUGUUAUGAUUUGACUAGGGAUUUACAGUGUUUGGGAACAUUGCAUUGUGAUGGUUCUGCACAUUUCAUGAAGCUUAUGAGACAAUCAUGCUUCGGAACAAACUGCAGGAUGCGUUCGUAUUUGUCCCAAACCAAAACAAGCGCUUCAAAUGAUUGACGAAGCUUCCGACCCUAGAUGCACGUUGAGCUCUACCAUGGUUUAACUUUGACCCCGUUCUCAUUACCACCCUAAAAUUUAGCUGAAACUAGUUUAGUGAAAACUAGUUUCAUAUGUAAUGAGAAUGGUCAAAGCGAUCUUUCAAACCAGUUCGUAAAACCACCUCGUGAUGUGGCUUUGAAGAUCACGUUGCCUGGUUAAAUUGGUGUUAGCGUAAGUGAGGACACAACUGUUCUUUGGAAGCAAUCUUCGCACUUUUUGAGCGCACUACUCUACACACUGUAUAGAAUGUCCACACUGCGUUUUCGAAUUUUGUGCGAACGUGUCACCCCCACUGAUAACAUUCCCAUAGCAACAAGGCCACUUUAAGUGAAGUGGUGUUGAAAACCGCUUUCAGGUGAUCAAAUGGGAACGCUAGCAAAGCGAUCUUCCAAGCUGGUUUCCUGAACCGAUUUCCAGUAACCUAGUUUUAGCCAGUGAAAUGAACAGUGUGUUUGUGUCUUUCGCAAAACAUUCAUGACCCUUGUGGAAACUGCACUUUUAGUAAUAUUCUUGAUACAUUCAACAUAUUACAAGCACAAACAUUUCCCUAUUGUAUGAUAUGUAUACACACGGAUAUCCAAUAAAUGCAUAUUUAUAGAGGAUGAUAUUUAGAUGCCAUUGGGAAUAUAAAAGAAAUAGAAAUGAAUGGUAUUAUCAGUACGGAAAAGAGAAAUCACUCUGCCAAACUUUAAAUUCCAACUUAGGGUCCAAUGUCCCAGAGCAACAAGAGAUACAUUAAAAAUUGAAAUAUUAAAGUACAUUUAACUCCCCUGACGCUCUAUGAUUAUUGCACUAGUAUUUCAAAGAAUAUUUGUGUGCCAGUUUCACAUUUUUCUCACCUCGGUCAAUUGUGGCGAAGUAGAUCAUCAACUUCUUGCUUAA